AUGCCCAGGAAGAGUUUCAGCGAGGCCGCUGUAGUCGCCAUUGGCGCACAAACAUCGGCCGCGCGGUUUGGCGGCGACUCCAGGCACCGCGACGACUUGAGUACGCCCAUCUGUCCGUGGCGAUGCAACCUAACGGCCCUCUCGCAACACGCCAACUUGUACUUCGUGGCCUAUGCAGACCGGAUCUUCGUCUACCGGCCGCGAUAUCAUACACAAGCUCUGUCCCAGGAGCCUGCCUUGAUUGUUACCUCGCAGCCAUCGACGCCUGCGAGGCCGGGGUACAUCGACGCACGGCGUCCGCAUGCGAUAAACAAUCUCGUUGUGCAAUGUCUCGGCAGCGAGGAGAUCAUCGCUACGGUGCGUGAUGAUGGCGAUGUCGACGCUUUCUUUGUGCGACAAAUCAUCCACGCAAUCGAAAGAAGAGCCGAGCCUGGAAGCAGCGUGGGAGUAGACGCGGAUGAGGUCAAGCCAUUCUUCCAAAGUAACGUUGGGAUGAGCGCCUGGGGCCUGGCUAUUCACUCAGAAGCUCGAAUCUUGGCCACUAGCGCCAACACCCACAGCAUCACCAUCUUCAAGUUUGGGCUGGUAGAUGCGGAUGGGCAAGAUGAGCCGCAAGAAGGUGAGGAGCUGGACGAGAGUGGAACCAAGCCCGAACGGCAUCGUAAAACCGAUGUAACCGAGCAAGUUCUUAAUGGAACCUCAAACAUCCCACACAUUGCCUUUUGCAAUACUGGUGAUGAUCCCGAGGCUCGAUGGCUACUCACCACCGACAUUGGCGGCUUUUGCCGGUCAAUUGACCUGUGGGAGAUGGCAACAGCUCAAACAUUUCGUUUUGGCGGUCAGUCCUACGUUUCAGCCCAUGACCACGAUCGCUUCAACAGCGGCUGGACAAUCAUGUUCCUGGACAAGAGAUCUUUCCUGCCUGAAGAUGACUUCCGUGCAGCUCUAGGCUUCGAGGAGGGCGAAAUAGACUCCGGGGUCAAAAGCGAACAGAAUCUGUGGGAUAUUGGAGGCUCUAUCGAUCAUGUACCGGAUGCAUCUGAACGAUUUGGUAUGCCGAGACGUCAGUCACGAUUCGACAGGCCGUCGACAUCCCGCAGUAGCACAGACACUGGACUUGAUGGAUCUCCCGACGAAGAGGUGUCAGAGAGUGCCGCCAACGAAGAUGUGACCAUGGCAGACCCAGACCAGGACGACGACGAACUCAGCGAAGACGACACCUAUUACGUCGACAUUGACUCUGAGGAUGAAGGUACAGAAGACUCUUUCUCAUUCAACGCCAUGUACGGUGGACGACGAAUCUUCGGCAACGAACCUCGAGCCUUCCAAUUCAACAACAAAAGCAUCUGCGAUGACCUCCCUUGCCCGAUACUUCACUCCUCGGUACGGAGCGUCUACCUCGUACAACCACCCCACUGCCCAGCUUCAGAAAAGGCCAUAUCCGAAUCGGCGAUCACGCCACCGACAGUCGGCUUCACCAAUGCUCUGCGCCAACUCAUCCCCUCGCAAUACUCCUGGAUCAACAGCAUCGAAAGACUCAACAUGACCGCAUACAUUCCCGCCAUCGGCGUCGUCGUGCUGGCAUCGCAGAAAGGCAGAGUCGUGGUCAUGUCCCUGACCAAACUCUCACGGCAUUCCGACUUUCCCGCUCUCAAAUACAGCAAAUCCAAGUGUCCUCCCAACACGGUUUACACGAUGCGAAUUGAGCGGAUCUUGCCCUUUGCAUCGCAAGAGGCAGAUGGUCACAGGCCGUUCGAGCCUUUGGCUGGAAUUGCCACAGGGCCUAUGCAGGGCACCGAGCACCUGCCUGAUGAACAGAAACGUUGGCGCUUGAUGCUGAUGUAUUAUGAUCAUACGGUUCUCAGCUAUGAGGUCCGUCGAAGGCGGAUGCGUGAUUCAGGGGUUAGUAUUCAGGAUGUCGUAGUAUAA